AUGAACAACCAGAGUCGUGAGGAGAAUAAUUUAAACAACCCUCGUUUCACCUCCUCCCAUCAUCCAUUCCUUCAACCUAUAUUCCCACCAAAUCCCAAUCUUUUCACUCAACAAAAUCCAUCCUCUCAACCAAUUUUCCCUCCAAAUCCCGCCAUUUUCUCCCCAAAUCUCUCUUUUCAACCUGAAUUCCCUUCGCCAUGGAUCCCUCUAAAUCCCUUCUCUCCUCAAUUAUAUCCAAUCAUUCCACCAUUUCCUCCAAGAAUUUCAGAACAAACAUCAACAAAGGACCAAGAAUCACCCAAGUUGGAACAUGUUGACAAGUCAUCGGUUACCAAUAUCAACCCCCUCAAAGCACCCAAUCCUACCAGAGAAAGUGAAAAAACCUUUCAAAACUCAAAGAGAGUCUUGGUGAUAAAGGAGCAACCACAAAUGAUAUACAAGCAUCCUUAUCAAAAACGUUCCAUGAUGGAACGUAUUGAUAAAUGGCGUAAAUUGAAAGGCUGUGAGGAAGAAAGAGCAAAGAAAAAGAAGAAGAUUGCUUCUCAUUGGCAGAGAUUGGAAGUAUUGAAAGACGUUUCUACUGUUGAUAAAUUUGGAGACUUAUUAAGGACUGCUUAUUUGGAGCGUGGAAUUAAUAUUGAACCUCUCUCUCUCGAUCAAGGAAAAGCAUACGCAACCCAAGAACAUUGCAUGUUGUUAUUUUUAAAACAAUUCAAUAUGGAAUGGAGUAAGAUUGGUACUUUCUUUUUUGAUAGAUCCAUCAACUCAUUAAAGAAAAAGUACAAGAAAUUGAAAAGAAAGAUUAAUCGUGCCAGAAUGGAAGGAGCGUAUGACGUUUCAGAUGCAACAAAUUUUAUCAUUCAAUGGAGUGUCGAUGAUUUAACCUUUUCAGAAAUCACUGAUAGUAACACCUUUACCUCUACUGUAUCGAUAACUUUUCCAGAAACAUGGACAAAUUCUGACCAUUACCACAAAAUGAUUAUGAAACUUGGUCAAUUAAGUCCAUCCAAACCCUUACCGUUAAGACAAGCACAACCAUCAUCGAACAAGUCCAAUGUAUCAACGACUCCAGGAGAACCUUAUUCACAGUCGGAAGAGGAUUUAAUUGUGACAUCCUUGCGGAAGGGAAUGAAUUUGGAACAAAUUUACCGAGAUUACUUUACACACCGAACAUUUCAGUCGCUGAAAAAUAAGGUUCGACGGUUAAGAAAAAGGCAACUCUAUCACAAACAGCAACCAACGAAGAAGAGAUUGAAUAAGAGAAGGAUGGUUCCCAAUUCCACUGUUUCGACUGAUUCAAAGGAGUUAAGAAAACCGUUUUGGCAUGAUGAUACGGUUGAUCGUUUGAACAAGAUUUGUCCCGUGUCAUGUUUUGCCAAGAAUGGUACGAAAAUACUGACCCAAAAACCACCUCCGAGCAAGAAGGAAUUGGUAGAAAAAGUGUGGAGCAAAUCAGAAACUUGGAAAAAGAUGCCAUGUAAGUGUGGAAAUUCCAAGUUUAUAAGGACAGUCUGCUCGUUCAACGGACGCAAGUUUGGGUCAGAAAAGAAGAUGCUUGUUCAGGAAUUCAAGGAAGUAUCUGCGUUGGAGGAGUCUUUAACAAUGCUUCAAGAGAACGGAGUGAAUUCAUCCACGACUGCUGAGAAUGAAGUGAGUUCAUCUGCGACUACUGUGAACGAAGUGAAUUCAUCCACUACUGCAGAGAAUGAAGUGAAUUCAUCUACGAUUGCUGAGAAUGGAGUGAGUUCAUCUACGACUGCUGAGAAUGGAGUCAAUUCAUCCACUACUGCUGAGAAUGGAGUGAGUUCAUCU